CUCUCUUCUCUCUCUCUCUCCACCCAACCAGGAAAUCGUUGAGGUGUGCUUCUUUAUCCCGCUUCUCCCUCUGUGGAUGCGAUAUUUUUUCCUCUCCGGGUUUUCCCCCCCUUUAUUUCUCACUCGGAAUUUGACUUUUAAAUCGGAGCUUUUGCUCUGAAGUCGGCCGAACUUGCCUGGAAGGAGAGUGGGUCCGCUCAGGGCGAACAAUGAGUGAGUCGAGUAUUUGUCAGGCUCGAGCCACUGUGAUGAUCUAUGAUGAUGGCAAUAAAAAGUGGGUACCGGCAGGUGCUGGAUCCCAGACCUUCAGCAGAGUCCAGAUUUAUCACAAUCCUGCCACCAACGCCUUCAGAAUAGUGGGACGUAAGAUGCAAACAGACCAGCAGGUGGUUAUAAACUGUCCAAUCGUGAGAGGUCUGAAGUAUAACCAGGCCACACCCAAUUUUCACCAGUGGCGGGAUGCCCGGCAGGUGUGGGGUCUCAACUUCGGUAGCAAGGAGGAUGCUGCGUUAUUUGCCAAUGGCAUGUCACACGCUCUGGAUGUGCUCAACUCCAUGGCAGAUGCAGGCUAUUCAACCCUCCCCCGUCCUGUGUCAAAUGGACCUUCUCCAGAAGAACUUGAACAACAGCGGAGAGGAUACUGUACUUUCCUCUGCAACUACCUUUGGCUGCCUUUCUCUGGCGAUGAUUCAGAGCCUCAAAGUCAAAGUGACACCAUAAGAAGACCUUGGGAGAAAGCUUCUAUGAUCAGGAAUAACUCCAUCCCCAAGAGUAUGGACUCCACUUCCUCAUUGUCCCAAAGUUCCAGGAUGAAGCCUGCAGGCAGCAGUAAUGAUGCAGGUGGAACUGAUGACUCAGAUUUAGAGAAAAUGAAACAGGAGAUUCUCGAGGAGGUGCGGAAAGAGCUGCAAAAAGUCAAAGAGGAAAUAAUUGGAGCCUUGGUUCAGGAGCUGCAAAAGCAAAGCACAUAGUUCUGCAAAUUGUCAGAUGUGACGGAGGGCUGAGAUAGCUGGAGGACCUUAAGGCCCAUUUUGACCAUCCGUCAAUUGCACCCUCCCGUGUAGCCCAGGGAUAUUUCAUUUUCUCCAAUGUACUUUCUCUUCUACACAGAUACAUUCAUGCUUAUGAGUAAAAAUCAUUCAUAUUCACUUCAUAACUCCAGGGAACCUCUUUACACCACCAUCUUGCAGUUUUUGACGGUCACUUCUGAAUAUUGUAGUUAGUGCUGUGUUAAUUCAUAAUACAAACACCCCCUGCCUGCUGUGUCUGUACAUCUAAGCCAGUUAAGAGCUUGUGCUGUAGCUCAGUUGCACUUCUUCAUUAUGUACUCUCAUCAUAGCAUGUGUGCAGAAAUCCUGCGAAUUGUAACUUCUGCUAUCAGACAUGCCACUUACUGAGGAGCAGUAUUCAGGGACAUCAUAUUGUGUUACUGUAAUAGAAACACGCUGGCAUGCUGGGAUGUGGAAAGAGUUCUUUAAAUCUUUUUUAGGGGGCAUGCAUUUGUUCAACCUCCAAGUAAUUCUGUAGCACAGUCGCCACACCUGUCAGAAUUAAUAUAAUUUUGUCUAAUUCUCAAGACAGAGGUGGAAAAACAAAUAAUUGCUAAAGGAUGACUACUACAGGGUGACUGACAUACGUGUUGGGGUGACCACUGCCUCUCCAUAUGUGGAUUUAUAACUGUCAGCAGUGGUGAAGCACUAACAGCACAGCACAACCCUCCAUCACUGCCAGUUAAAAUAAUUAAUUUUGGGGAAGAAGAGGACAUGAGUAAAUUGAAUCUGAUGGGUGACCAGUGCUGUGAAAGAGGAGUGACUUGUAGUUUUAUGACAUGAGGAAGUAUUCUCUUUGCAUUGCACUUGCUCCAGAGGAAGUGUGUUGUGGUGCCACACUGCCCUGAAAGACUGUUCCCUCACACUCACAGUAAGCAAUGAUUUGUUGGCCAGUGCAGUGGUCCUGUACUGUACUUCGAAUUAAGUUUUUUCCUUGUUCUAGCUGUGUUUUCUAGCCUUGAAAUAGAAAAAUGGCCAUGAGGUCAAUUAAUUUGGCCAUGACCAACUGCCUUGAGAAUAAAUAUAUAUACAUAUAUAUAUAUAUAUAUAUAUAGAAAAAUAUAUUUGUUUUGAGGGAAAAUUUCAGAAAAAAAUUGUUUCUAUUUUUAAUUGAAAUGUCUGGUGAAUGGGGAUUUAUUUUUUGUGAUAUUUGGGGUUUUUCAUUUUUCUUGUAGUCUAGACUUUUUACACUGAAAUACAAAGAAAACAGCUUAGAGACACUGGAUUAGAAAUGCCUUUAUAGUCGAAUACAGCUGCUUCUUCAAAUGCUUUUUUUAAUUGCAUCACACUGUAAAACUUUGUCAGUUGAGUGGAGGUUUUAGUGUUGAAACUCCCUGACUCUGAAGUCCUUAUUUUAGUACCAAGUGCCAACAGGACCUGUGUUGGUUAUAGUUUAUUAUCGUCCCACCAAAGAAUCAGGUGUUCCUGAUCCUGUGUUGACUCAAAACUUCAUUAAUAUUUGUAUUCCUGAUUUAUGAGUUUCUUUGCAUAAAAGCCAAAUGCACAAGUGUAACACUCUUAAUAUCUGCCUGCUCUGUGAUGUAACAUUUGGACCGCUGGAGUCUGAGUCCAUUCAACAGAGUUCAAAUCUCAGAGGAUAAUAAACUUGAAAUCUUG